AGGCGAGUUUCAGGGAUGUUUUUGUCAAACGUCGAGCGCUGGAAGCUGCCGCCCGUGCUCCCGCCCGGUCCCGGCCCGGCGGAGGCUCCGCCGCUGCUCCGCCCGCCCCGGGCGCGGGGCGCCGGCGCAGCCGCGGCCCCUUUAAGGCAGGUGGCGGGGCGGGCGCGGGGCGCGCGCACGCGCUGCAGCCGCAGCCGGAGCCGGAGCGGCGGGAGCGCCCCGAGCCCGCCCGGCCGCGCCGCCGCCUCCGCCCGCCGCGCUCGGCCCCGGCCCCGGCCGCCCAUGGCGGAGCCGGGCGCGGAGGAGCCCGACGAGCAGCUGCUGCUCCUCGUGGAGCCGCCGCCGUCGCCUCCUGAGGCAGAGCUGCCCCGGCGGGGGCCGCAGAGUGCGAGAGCCGCCCCCGGCGGGGCCGUGCGGCAGUGUGGGGAGCCGGGGCUCGAGGAGGUGGAGGACUCGGAGGACUCGGGGCCCGACGGCGAUGGAGAGGACGAGCCUCUCCUGCGGGCGUCGGGUGGCGGCCGCGGGCGGCGAGCGGGGGCCGCCUGGGACAGGGAGCGCCGCGCCGCCGCAGGGCAUACUGGACAUACUGCAGAUAUGAAUAUAUUUUUAGAUGAUCCAGAAUUUGCAGAACUCAUUCUGAGAGCAGAGCAAGCUAUAGAGUGUGGAGUUUUUCCAGAAAGAAUCUCUCAAGGAUCCAGUGGGAGUUACUUUGCUAAGGAUCCAAAAGGGAAAAUUAUUGGAGUGUUCAAACCAAAAUCUGAAGAGCCUUAUGGACAUCUAAAUCCAAAAUGGACCAAAUAUUUUCACAAAGUUUGUUGUCCUUGCUGCUUUGGCAGAGGCUGCCUUGUCCCGAAUCAGGGAUAUCUCUCUGAAGCUGGUGCCUAUCUUGUGGAUGAGAAGCUGGGGCUUGGAGUUGUACCUAAAACCAAGGUUGUCUGGCUUGUCAGCGAGACCUUUAAUUACAGUGCAAUAGAUCGUGCAAAGUCAAGAGGAAAAAAAUAUGCUUUAGAGAAAGUGCCAAAAGUUGCUAAAAAAUUUAAUCGAAUUGGACUACCUCCUAAGGUUGGCUCCUUCCAGCUGUUUGUUGAAGGAUAUAAGGAAGCUGACUACUGGCUCAGGAAGUUUGAAGCUGAUCCUUUACCAGAGAACACGAGGAAAGAAUUUCAGUCGCAGUUUGAAAGAUUGGUUAUCUUGGAUUAUGUCAUCAGAAAUACAGACAGAGGUAAUGACAACUGGUUAGUCAGGUACGAAAAACAAGAUGAUGGACUUGAUCUGUCAGAUAAGGAUAGCCAAUGGAUUAUAACUAAAGAAUCUAUUAAAAUUGCUGCAAUUGACAAUGGUUUAGCAUUUCCUUUUAAGCAUCCUGAUGAGUGGAGGGCAUAUCCCUUUCACUGGGCUUGGCUUCCUCAAGCAAAAGUUCCUUUCUCUCAGGAGACCAGAGAUCUAGUUCUUCCUCGCCUUUCUGAUAUGAACUUUGUACAGGACCUUUGUGAAGACCUUUAUGAGCUAUUUAAGACUGACAAAGGAUUUGACAAGGCUACUUUUGAAAACCAGAUGUCUGUUAUGAGGGGGCAGAUACUAAACCUUACUCAGGCAUUAAAGGAUGAAAAGAGCCCAAUUCAGCUUGUUCAGAUGCCACGUGUGAUUGUAGAGCGAAGUAGCACUGGAAGUCAGGGCCGAAUUGUUCAUCUGAGUAAUGCAUUCACACAGACCUUUCAUAGCAGGAAGCCUUUCUUUUCCUCCUGGUAGCAACAAAAUGCGUGGGAAGAGUAAGUUUCUCUUAACUUUAGAAAGCUACUUCUGUGUAAAGGCUCUGCAAUAAUGUACUUCUGCUGUAUACCAAGAGCUCUGACUGCUGACACCUCAGAACUUAAAUUCUAAAGACUCAAGAAAUGUACUUUGAAUGUAAUAAAAGUUUACAAUUUUUGUGUCAAAAUUGUGAAUUCUUAUGUCAGGGAAUGAAAAGAAUUUGUCCAUACUGUAUUUUUAUAUGCUAAAUUAAUGUAUUCUGAAUAAGGGAAGACAGUUUGCAUAUGCUGAGAAAUUAAUUUUGAAUACAAUAGGAAUUUUUUGUUUAAUAUAAAUGUGAGAAUCCAUACACUAUCAAUUUCUUUUUAUAUGACCUUUAAAAAAAAAUAUUCAGAAUGUUAUCUUUGAUUGUGAAAAUGCUUUUCCUUGGAAUUUUUUCCUGGUAUUUUAAACUGGUUAUAGAUUUUUGUAGACUAGUUACUUGAAAAGUCAUGCACUUAAAAAAAAAAAAAAUCUGUUCUGGAAAAACAGAGAAAGGGAGAAGGGGGAAAAAUAAGCUCCAAGUAGGCUUUUUUGCACAUGAGGACCAAAAACAGUUAAAUAGUUGAAUAACAGUAAAAUUCAAGUAAAUACCCACAGUUUCUACUGUGACAGAAUACACUGAGUGUACGUUUCAGAGGUUGAAAGUUCACUGUAGUGUUUAGCCAUUGUAUAUUUAAGCACAUAUAUGGGAAUCUGUGAUAUUUCUUUGGAGAUGCAUCAUGAUGAAGAAUUGCACCAUGUUGUUCCAGGUUUGUUUUGCCAUUUGUGUAAAAAUGUGUUACCACCUGUCACCAGAGUGGUUCUUCUGCUAAGGGCAGAGGCACUCAUGUGUUCAUCACAAAGCCAGUCUGCCUUCUAAAUUUCUAGCUAAGCACAGUUUGUUUGGGGUUUUCUGACUGGAGAAAAAAAAAGAAAAAAGAAAAAAAAGAAAAACCCGGGAAUACCUACAGCACAGACAAUUACUUUUGUGCCCUGAAUAAUAUUCUGCUUACUUGCCAAUCGCCAUUUGCAUUUAUAUUUAAGUUACCUGGUUUAAGACUUGACUGUCAUGUUCUAGGUCUGUGACUUAUGUAAUGUGGUAAAUAUUUUUAUUUUAAUAAUUUUCUGGACAUUUAAGACUGGGGAGAAAGCUGCUUUUAUGAAACCUUCAGUAUUUCAGACAUUGCUGUAUUUUGUAAUUCUAAGCAAUAUUGUUGAACGCAGAAAUAAUAAAAUGCUUGUAUUUUAUAUA